AUGGAGACUGGAGCCCUUACUCUCAACGUUGGCGGCGUGCUGUACACAACGACGGCGGAGACGCUGCGGCGUGGCUCGGCGUUCUUUGACGCCCUCCUGUCAGGGCGGACGCCGUCUGGCCAGGACGCUGAUGGCAACUACUUUAUCGAUCGCAACGGCGAGGUGUUCAAAUAUGUGCUCGAGUUUCUGCGGACAGGUGGCGGAGUGUUUAUACCGGCAGGCGACGAUGUGCUGCGGGCACAGGUCCUGUGCGAGGCCGAGUUCUUUCUGGUCGACGAUCUGGUGGAUGCCAUCACCGAGCUGGUCGCCGACGAGGAGCAGCAGGCGGAGCCGGUGCUGCUCGGCAAUAUGCUGCGGACUGACGGGUACUACGUGCUGGACGAUCCUUCUGAGCCAGAGGCGGCAGGCUCGCAAGCGUACUACUUUCGCGACGACGGUGAGCGGCUGCUGUACGCCGAGGGACCGAACGCCGCCGCGCUGCUGCACAUCCGGCACGCGCUGUCGGAGAUGCCGGCAAUCUUCCGCGGAACGCCGAAUGUGGCGGCGACGUAUGCCGACUUUUACCUCAAGUGCAUCCGUCGCGGGAGCUACAUCCGCGAAGGCGCGGCAAUCAUCAUCCAGACCGACCAGACGGUGGUCAACAGGUACGCGGUGGUCAAGGGCACCAGCGAGGUUUACAUCUCGGAUGCGCCGACGUCCGGCUUCCACGAGCGGUUCUCCCGCUAUGUCUUUGCGCCGUUUGAGGGCAGCCCGAAGGUGCCGCUCCCGCCCACAGCUGACGUUGCCGGCACCAGUGGCGAUGCCGAGGCCGAUGGUGCUGGGGAGACGACCGAGGCGUGAUCUUUGCUCUGGCGGUUUUAACACGCUGGCGCUAGAGCUUGAGCGAGUCAGCAAGACGAGCAUCGCGGCGGGUCAUGUCGCGCUUCUUGGACUUGGACUUUGCCAGCUUUGCAGAGAGCUUGUUGCGGAGCAGCUUCUUGUCGACCGUGUCGGCGUCAGUGCCGAGCUCGGAAACGGUCUGGCGGUAGGCGCGGGAGCGGUUUGUGCGGCGGCCGGGCUUGGUAUGCUUGGACUUUGCCUCCUGCUUGCGCGGGGCGGAGCCGCGGUCGGCCUUUGCCUCGGCUGCUUUGGCCUCCUUGAACUUGGACGGCUUCUUGGUCUUGCACCGCUGGAUGCGGAUGGUGCGGCCGUUAAACUCUGCGCCGGUGCG